AUGACAAAAGUUGUUAUUAUUGAUAAUCUCAAAACUGUUCAAGGGUCAUCACUAAAUACAAUCUUAACUUAUUGUGGGGUUGUUCUUAGUAUUCAAAAAUUUGAAACACAACAAUUUAAUUAUUUUGUUGUUGAAAUGAGAAGUGAAGAAGAAACUUCAAACAUUAUGUAUUUAACAAAUACUUUAGUUGAUGGGUCGCAAAUUAAAGUAGAACAAUAUGACUCUUUCAGAGAAAGUAAUCCAUCUCUAUUUAAAUCAACAAGUUUCAAUGAACAAAAAAUAGUAAAAUCUGAUCAACCAAUUUCUGAGGAUAAGUCUCAGCCUCAAUUAUCCAAAAAAGAACAAAUGAGUAUUAAAGCAAAAGAAUUAGGUGUUACAGUUGAGGAAUUUGCCAAUAAAUUUCAAUCAUUUAUGGCUGAUGUUGUUUGUGAAGGAACUAAUUCAAUUAAUAAAUUAUUAGGAAAAGAACAAUAUCCAAGUUAUCAAAUUCCAGAAAGUUAUGUUCUUCCAGCACAUUCUACUGAAUUUAAACCAAAAACAUUUAUAAUUCAACAACAAUCCAAUUCUUCAACAAGUAAUAAUCAGAAACCUCUUCCACCACUUCCAGUAAAGAAACAAGAAAUAACACCAGAAAAUAAUACUGUCAACCAAUCAACCGAGAUAUUAUAA